UUCUAUUCAGUAUUCUGCUUGUCAUUUUAUCAAAGAGAACUUGUAAUAAUUUGUAAUUUGUAAUUUGUAUAUUAUGUGGUAGUGUGUACCUUAUAAAAUAUAAAUUUAUUACGAUAUUAUUAAUUUUUAGAAAAUAAAUUCUGAACAGACGUAUACAUUGAAUACUCUAUAAAACAAUGUCGACAAAUGAAUCGCCAAUAGCCAAAGUGGUAGUUCACCCAUUGGUAUUGCUGAGUGUUGUUGAUCAUUUUACUCGGCUCGGAAAGAUCGGCAAUCAAAAGCGGGUAGUAGGUGUAUUACUUGGUUCUUGGCAGCAAAACAAAGUGCUUGACAUUUCUAAUAGUUUUGCACUUCCGUUUGAUGAAGAUGAUAAAGACAAGUCUGUGUGGUUCCUCGAUCAUGACUAUCUUGAAAAUAUGUAUGGUAUGUUCAAGAAAGUAAAUGCCCGUGAAAAAGUUGUUGGUUGGUAUCAUACUGGUCCCAAACUCCACCAAAAUGACAUUGCUGUGAAUGAAUUAGUACGCCAGUACUGUGUAAACAAUACAUCUGUCAUGGUGAUUGUCGAUGUAAAACCCAAAGAUGUUGGUAUACCUACUGAAGCCUACCGGGUUGUGGAGCAAAUUCAUGACGACGGAUCACCACCAUCAAAGACGUUGGAACACAUUGCUAGUGAAAUUGGAGCGGAAGAAGCUGAAGAGGUUGGUGUUGAACAUUUACUUAGAGAUAUUAAAGAUUCGACUAGUGGUUCCUUAAGUCAACGUGUUGCCAACAUAAUAUUUGGUGCUAGAGGUCUUUAUAAACAAAUGGUCGAUAUAAGAGAUUAUUUACAACAAGUUGUUGAUGGAAAAUUACCUGUUAAUCACCAAAUUAUUUAUCAACUGCAAGAAAUAUUUAAUCUGUUGCCAGAUGUAGAAAAGGAUACUUUGGUUGCCGCAAUGCACGUCAAAGUAAACGAUCACAUGCUUGCUGUAUAUUUAGCAACUACUAUCAGGACUAUUAUUGCAUUGCACAACUUAAUCAACAAUAAGAUUGCUAACAGUGAUGAUGAAAAAAAACAGUUAAGGGAACCAGAAGAGAAAAAAGAAGAAGUUGCAAAGAAGAAAGAAAUCAAAGCAAAAUAGGUGGACAAUAUGAUUCAAUUAUAUAAUAUAAUUGUAAAUAAUUAAUCUUUUUAAUAUAUUUUUUUUUUGUUUCAAAUAUUAAAAACACAUCGUAUAACGCAGACAUUUUAUAUUAUUAUAAUUAUUUUGUUUUCAACAGUCUUUGCAUAUUGAUAUAUUUUUCAUUACUAAUUUAAAUCUCCUUGUUUAAUUUUUAUUAUUAUUAAAUAUCUCAGAUUAACUAUACCUACUGAAAUUACUUUAUACCUACCCAAAAGAUAAAUAUAUUUUAUAAAAUAUAUUUUCUUCUACUGAAAUAAUAUAUGUUCAUGAUUUAGUAUAAAAUUAUAUAUGCUUAGAAUGGAUAUUUUCUAAAUGAAGUAAAAUAUAAUAUAAUUCAUAACGAAUAGUUUUAAUGUAACAAAAUAAAACUAAAAUUAUAUUUAUUAGCAUUAUCAUUAGACAACCAAAAAAUUUAAGUGAAAUAAAUAGUACUUACUGAUAUAUUAAUUAGUUUUGUAUAAUUAUAUAGGUAUUUCAAUAAAUGUAACAGUAUAAAAAUUUAAAGUAUUUUAAAAGUAGUUAAAUAAAUUAAGAAGAGUAGGUUACUUCAAGUAUUGUAAACUGAUUAUAAUUUAUCUUCAAUUAAUUUUAUUCAAACCAAUAGUUGUUUGAAUUAAAAAUUUUUUUUAUUUAAAAAUUUAAACAUAAUAGAAAGUGCCUUGUCAACAGUAUUUUCCUGUCAUACUUUUUAUUCACUUAUCACUUGUCAUUUUAUUUGUUAUAUCAUUUUGAUGUAUAGGUAUUCUUUAUAAAUAAAUAAUUAUAAGUGAAUAUUAUGAAAAAUGCAUUCAAAUAUCAAAUACAAAAUAAAACUAUGUUAAUUGAUGUAUAUAAACAAACAAUAUAAAUUAUAAUAUAAUGAUUUGUAUUAUUAGUAUGUAUUAUCAUUUGUAUUGAUUGUUAAAUACAGCAUAUUAAUAUCAAAUAUCUUAACAUUUAUAUGAUAAUACAAUUGUUUAUAAAUAUCUUAGUUUUGAAAAAAAUGUUGUUUGUUAAAAUAAAUUCUUCCAAAUAAAUCCAUGAUUUAUAAAAAUUAUUUAUUUAAUAUUAAUGAGUAAAAUGUUUAAAUGCAACAAAAUUAAAACUUAAUGUUAAACAAAUGUCUUAUUUGAAUAAAAAAAUUACCAAAAAUAAAA